CUCUCUCAUUUGAUCUUUCCUCCAUGAGAAGCUACCAAUCAAACCCCACCAAACAAAAAUCCAUAUCUGCUUCAGAUCCCAAUAGAAACCUCUCUGGAAUAUUGAGAAAAUAACAUUUCGUGGCAUCCAAACACUACCAUAGAACGAAAUAGAGAGGUAGGAUUUUCAUUUCUCUUCAUGUUUCUCUAUGAUCUCUAUCUAUAUUCCAUCAAAGCAUAGAUAGCAAAAGAAGUAAAAAUGCAACAAGACCAAAGCGUUGGUAUGGGUAUGGAUAUCGUCAGUGGGUCCAUGUUGAGGCCAAUCCAAGAGAUCUCAGCCGAGCAUGAACGGCUGACAAAGGCCCAGAUCGUUAGCCACCCUCUCUACGAGCAACUACUAUCAGCCCACGUCGGGUGUCUACGUGUUGCAACGCCGAUCGACCAUCUCCCUCUGAUCGACGCACAGCUAGCGCAGUCCCACCACCUUCUACGUUCUUAUCAAUCUUACCACCAACACCGAGUCACCUCUCCCGAAGAGAAACAAGAUCUUGAUGAAUUCCUCGCACAAUAUAUGGUAUUGUUGUGUUCUUUCAAAGAGCAGUUACAGCAGCACGUGCGAGUGCAUGCUGUUGAAGCUGUCAUGGCCUGCCGUGAGAUUGAACAGUCUUUCCAUGCUCUCACAGGAGUACCACUUGGGGAAGGAACAGGUGCAACAAUGUCAGAUGAUGAAGAUGGAUAUCAGAUGGAUUGCUCUUUAGAUAACAGUGCAGAUGGACAAGAUAUGAUGGGAUUUGGCCCACUCCUUCCAACCGAAUCUGAGAGGUCUUUAAUGGAAAGAGUUAGGCAAGAAUUGAAGAUUGAAUUAAAACAGGGAUUCAGAUCAAGAAUAGAAGAUGUGAGGGAGGAAAUACUGAGAAAGAGAAGGGCAGGGAAGUUGCCCGGAGACACCACUUCUGUUUUGAAGAACUGGUGGAAAGAACAUGCAAAAUGGCCCUACCCAACAGAAGAUGAUAAGGCGAAGCUCGUCGAAGAGACAGGAUUGCAGCUCAAACAGAUAAACAACUGGUUCAUCAACCAAAGGAAGAGAAACUGGCACAGCAACUCAUCAUCAACAUCGUUAAAGUCUAGACGCAAGAAGUAGAUCGGGUUCGUCUCGUCCAUCCAUUACUACAAAUACAUACACAUGAUGCAUGUAAUGAAUGUCAAAUACUUACAUGGACACAUUGAUUCAGGUCCCCAACAUCUCUGAUGCCACAGAAAGAGCCAUGAACAUGACCAUGGCUCCAAGAUGGAAUUUCCACUAAAAUACAGAAAAUGUAGUAUACAAUCAAUCUUACUUACUUACGUUGAAAUAACUACUGGGGUUUCUGUAUAAACAUUUUUUAGUAUUGGAAUUUAGAUUACAGAAAGCAUGAAAUGUUUGAUUA